UCACAUCCCCAACCGUACCGUAGCAAAUUAAGGUCCGCAGGGUGAUCGUCGAUACAAGAGAGGAAAAAAACACAAGCUAGCUAGCCAGCAGCCGACCACUACCAUGUCCGCGCCGGCGGUUGCCACGGCGGCCGAGGGCGCGACGCGCAUCAUCCUGGUGCACGGCACGGGCCACGGCGGGUGGUGCUGGUACCGCGUGGCCACGCUGCUCCGCGCGGCGGGCCACCGCGUGGCCGCGCCGGACCUCGCGGCCUCGGGCGCCGACGCGCGCCGCCUCCGCGACGCGCCCACCUUCGAGGACUACACGCGCCCGCUGCUGGACGCGCUCCGCGGGCUCCCCGGCGGCGAGCGCGCCGUCCUGGUCGGCCACAGCUUCGGCGGCAUGAGCGUCGCGCUCGCCGCCGAGACCUUCCCGGAGAAGGUCGCCGCCGCCGUGUUCGUCACCGCCUUCCUGCCGGACUGCGCCAACCCGCGCUCCCACGUCAUCGAGAAGCUUGCCCUGGCGGACUGGAUGGACAGCGUCACGGACGCGGAGCACGUCCCGGCGUCGGUGUUCCUGGGGCCCGAGUUCCGGCGGCGCAAGCUCUACCAGCUCAGCCCGCCGGAGGACUACACGCUGUCGCAGAGCCUGGCCCGGGCGAGCUCCUACUACGUGGCCGACCUGCGGUGCCAGCCGCCGUUCAGCGAGGCGCGCUACGGCGCGGCGCGCAAGGUGUACGUGGUCUGCGGACAGGACCGGGCCUUGGUCGAGCCCUACCAGCGGGCGAUGGUCGCCGGCUGCCCGGUGGCGGAGGUGAGGGAGAUCGCCGGGGCGGACCACAUGGCCAUGUUCUCCGCGCCGGCGGAGCUCGCGGGGCACAUCGCCGACGUCGCCAACACGUACGCCUGAUGCCGCGCCGAUGCCCGUCGUCCGACCACAUUGCUGCCAGUGCUUCACAGUGGCAAUUCUGGUACUCGAGGACAUGAGAAAAAUAUCAACGCCAUCUCAAAUUUUCAAUUUAUAGCAGUCAACAUAGGCAACUAAACUUCAAGAUUACACGAGAAUAAUAUAGAUCUACCAAAAAUAAUGGAUGAGGGAAUGUAGCUCCUGUUUGGCGUGACAGUAAAGAGUCUGCAACCUAAGGCUUAUUUCUCUUGAUGCUGUUUGCCACAAACUUGAACUUGAAGAUCACACAGCAUAACUACGAAGCUACAAACCAAAA